GAGAAUAGAUUUGAACAUAAUAAAGUCAGCCGUUUCUCAUACAAUAGCAAAAACCGCUUUAUGACAUGACAUGACAUUUACAUAGGAACUCUUUAAUUUUUACACAAAAUCGAAUAAAAAACUAAAAGACAUUAUAUCAAUAUCAGUGACGCAACGUCACCGGUUGCGACAGCGAAACCCUUGGAAUGUUGUCGAACUUCUCCUCUUUGCCAAUAAAAUGUUCAACAUUCGGCCUCUCUGUGAGAACGACGUACAAUUGUACUCGUAUCGGUAACCGCGACUGGGUGGGUCACGGCGUCAAUGGUAUGGCUAACUACAAGGAUGAUGCCCAUUUCCCGUUCCCUGCUGUGCGGUUCAAAGAGAACACCAGAGACAUCUGUGCCCUUCGCGACAGAGAGAGGUGUGACUGGCGCACUCUGUGCAUCGAAGAGAAGAAGGCGCUGUAUCGUGCCUCCUUCUGCCAGACGUUUGCAGAGUUUCAAGCGCCCACCGGUCAGUGGAAGUUCUGUCUGGGAUGGGCGCUCUUUGCUACGUCUUUUUGCUUUUGGAUGAUCAUGUUCUCCCGCCGUUAUGUAUGGGAACCUCUACCGAGCUCGUUCUCGAAGGAAUCGCAGAAGGCUCAACUUCGAAGAAUGCUCGAGCUACGCGUUGCACCGAUUGAUGGGCUUUCCUCGCGUUGGGACUACGACAACGAUCGAUGGAAGAAAUAAUUCUUGCAGUGAUUAAGCCAGAAGUGACGUUAUUUAAUUAUUAUUUUAAUUAUCAUUUAAUUUAAACUUGUUUGAAAAGCUUAUUUAGUUUAUUGGUCAUAUUAAAAUAAAUGCUAUUCUUUU